AUGGUGACACUGGCGGCUGAAGGCACUGUGAAUGAGCUGACUGCAACCACAGCUUCUGUUCGAGCUGCCUGCAGACAUUCUGGGAACAAAGAGCUGGCUGACUCCUUUGCUGAGAGACAGAAAGCUGGAUCAUCUGAGACAGAAAAAGGAGAGAAGAAGGUGGAGGUGGUGUGUAGUAAACAUCCAGAAGAGCCUAGAUUGUUCUGUAAGGAUGAAGAGAGAGCUUUGUGUCCUGUCUGUGAGUUUUCUCUCCACCAGGGUCACAAGGUGGUUCCUGUAGAACAAGCAGUCAGUGAGCUGAAGGACCUGCUGAAAUCUGACUUAGAGUCUCUGCAGGACAAGAGGGACAAAUACAAAGGAGUGGAGGAAACAUACAAGGAAGUGAUUCAAGUGUCCGAGAAGCAGCUGCUGUCCACAGAGAGGCAGAUCAGAGCAGAGUUCAUCAAGCUCCAUCAGUUCCUGAAAGAAGAAGAGGAGUCCAGACUGGCAGCUCUGAGGGAGGAAGAGGAGCUGAAGGGGAAGACUAUCAGCAGAGAGAUGAAGAGCAUUCAGGAGCACAUCUCCUCUCUGUCACACAGUAUCUCUGCUGUUGAAGAAGAGCUGCAGAAACACAACGGGCCCUUCCUCAGCAGUUACAAAGCCACUCAGAGCAGAGCCAGAGUCCAGAGCUCACUGUCAGACCCACAGCUGCUCUCAGGAGCGCUGACAGAUGUGGCCAAACACCUGGGCAACCUGUCCUUCAGAGUCUGGGAGAAGAUGAAGGACCAGGUCCACUUCAGUCCUGUCAUUCUGGACCCAAACACUGCACACAGCCGGCUCUAUCUGUCUGAUGAUCUGACCAGUGUGAGACAUGGAGACAAAGAUCAGCAGCUUCCUGAUAAUCCAGAGAGAUGCACUAAGUAUACUAAUGUUCUGGGCUCUGAGGGCUUCAACUCAGGGAAACACAGCUGGGAGGUGGAGGUGGGAGAUCAUCCUGGCUGGAAUAUAGGUUUGACUAAAGAGUCAGCUGACAGGAAGGGAGAGAGAUUUGCCUCACCAAAAUAUGGAAUCUGGUAUUUAUCACAUCGCAGUGGAAAAUACACUACUGAUGGUGCUGGUAAGACUGUCAGAGUGAAGAAGAAUCUCCAGAGGAUCAGAGUCCAGCUGGACUAUGACAAGGGGGAGGUGUCCUUCUACGACCCUAAAGACAUGACUCCCAUCUGCACUCUCAGAGACACUUUCACUGAGAAACUCUUCCCAUAUUUCAGUAUUGGAAAAGCUGGUGAUGCUAAAACUGCUGAUAUCAAAAUCUGUCAAAGUGAGAUUUCUCUGUGAUGUUCAGGAGUGUUGGUUCAGACUUUAUUCUGACUUCGUCUGUCUAGAUCCUUUUGAAAUAAUCAAGGUAAAAAACAACAGAUGAUAAUCAGAAUUUAAUGUGAGUCUGUAAGAUUUUAAAUGUUAAGAAGAUUUGAUCAUGUUUUAUUUACAGAGUUUUACACGUUUUACUCAAAGUCUCGGUGCAACAAAACUAAUGUUUAUUUUUUAUAGUUUAUCAUUUUGUUAUACUUUAUUAUCAUGUUUUUAUAGCUUUAAUGUCAUGAGAUUGUUUGAUUAUGUUUUUUGUGAAUUCUUGGCUUUUAAGAAAUGUAUUCAUUUUGUAUGUCGUGCUGAAACUGCAUGAAAUAAACCAAACUAACAAAUGAAAGCUGUCAAUUCUCCUUUCAUCAACAUCUAGUUAAUAAUGACACACUAUAUAGCACUAUAAGUCAUGAGUUUAACUUUCUGAUAUUUGUAGGUCUUUUGAUGAAUUAUGUUUAGAUAUGGAUAUAUUGUUUUACUCUCCACGGGCAAGUCAUUUAAUACUUCUAUUUCAUUCUUUCAUUGUUGCAAUGUUUCUUUGGGACGUUUUCCGUACUGUAUACAUGGACGAUAACAUUUAUUGUGAUUGAAAAUGUCAUUUUUUUUAUCAACCUGAAAGGAAUCACAGCUGUAGAAUGAAGUUUAGUAUUUGUAAUGCUGCUUCAGAUAUCUUAUGAUUCAAUAACCAGCAGUUUGAUGCAGAAAUGUGUCUCUGAACUUGAUAUUGGUUUCUUCAGGUGAAUCUGUCAUAUGUGACAAAUUACAAAUAUAAAUGACAAAAGACAAUUGUACAACAAACUAUAAUAUAAAUAAAUAAUUCUUAAUGAU